UAAAUAGAUAGUUCUCUUUGCACCAAAGUGCGUGCGUCAAACAAAAUAUUACAAAAAAAAUAAACAAGUAACAUACUGUGUGAAUUUACCGGGUAUUGUUAGUGAGUUGAAAAAAAUUUUUUUCAUAAUCAAUUUUACCGAAAACUAUCGAAAAAUACUGUGUAAAAUAUUGAAAUACAAUUGUGAUGAUUUAUCACAUUAAAGUUGAAUUAUUUUCUGUGACACGCAAUGUGAAUAGAUAGAUUUACAACGUUGUAUUAUCAAUAAUAUCAGUAACCAUCAAUUAUAAAUAAUAAAAAUAAAAGCCGAACAAUGAAUAAAUAAACAAAUGCAAUCUAGUUUCUUAUAACAAAAAAUUAGAAAAAAAAAAGACCGGCAUUUUAAAAUUACUCUUAUCAUUGAUUACCAAAUUGAACAAUAAAAAUGAAAUCAUAAAAAAUAAGAUUAAAAACUAAAAAAAUACUGCGUAGAUAAAAAUAUGAUACCGAAUAAAUGAAAGGGUCCAACGGAAUAUCAAGGACAAAGAGACAGGGGACAGAGGCCAAUCAAUAGUGUAUAGCAGCCCUACGCAGCAAAUAUUAUCUAAAGAUUGUACGCGUACGUUACAUACAUAUUCGGAAUCCACACAUAGUUACCUUGAGUUGUUUACCUCAGGGUGGAUCAUAACACGGAUGACCUUGAAAAAACGAUCCAGGGUCACAUGACAAACUAAAGGAAAUUAAAGGAUGUGAUUGGCGCUUAGCGGGCAAUUGCCUGCGUGAAAUCAAACUGCGCAUCAAAUAUUCACCGCCAUCUUUUUUCAAAAACCAGGUGUAGGUGCGCGCGCAUUUAGCGGGCUGCGCACGCGUCAAUUGGGAUUAAAACAAAACACGCAUGCGCGAGUAUAAAUAAUAAUUUCAACGUGUGUGUAUAUCUAUCGAAGUAAGUAAGUGUAACGCGUGUCCCGUACAUCAUAUGUGUAAUCCGCGAUACACAAAGAAAAAGAUUUUAGUCUUUCCAUUUGGUUUGAUUGUCGCUGCUCAUCGUUAUCGUUGUCGUCGCAUUUCCUCCCACCGGUCGCUCUUGAGUCAGCUUGUGCAUGUGAAACCUACAAUACAAUAUAAAUUAUAUACACAUAUGUAAAUUAAACAACGUAUAUAUAUAUAUAUAAAGUCUGGAUCUCAUAUUUUCGUUUAUUAAGUGUCACACACGUCAGUAUAGUUUGUUAGUAGUUGGGUGUGUUGUUUGUUAACUGAUACACGCGCACCAACAAAAAAGCGAGCAACAACCUACAGCUACAGCACAACAACGUUUUCGAUGGAUAAUAAUUACCAAAUACUUGAAGGAAUUUCGUGUCGAACAAUGUCCACUGUUUAUACAGCGAAAGUGCACACAGCAUCGGCCAUUCACGUGCUUCAACUGGCACUUUAUGAACCAGCGAAGACGCAGGCCAGUGAGAAAACGAGACCGCACCUUCAACUACAGCGCGGACAAUUAUUGCAGCAAGUACGACGAGACUACCGGCAUAUGUCCCGACGGCGACGAGUGCCCAUUUUUACAUCGAACAGCCGGAGAUACAGAACGACGUUAUCAUCUACGAUAUUACAAGACUUGUAUGUGUGUACAUGACACAGAUACGCGUGGGUUUUGUGUAAAAAAUGGACCUCAUUGUGCGUUUGCUCACGGGAAUCACGAUCUACGCCCGCCGGUAUAUGAUAUCAAAGAAAUCCAGGCCCUGGAAAAUCCCGACUCGGAUCCCAAUUCAUCUUCAAAUGGACCAAAUAUACUGGAUAAAGAGCGUAACUUGAUGAAUGAGGAUCCUAAAUGGCAAGACACUAAUUAUGUUCUCAGUAAUUACAAAACUGAGCCGUGUAAAAGACCACCACGUCUAUGUAGACAGGGAUACGCGUGUCCUCAAUAUCACAAUAGCAAAGACAAAAGACGCAGCCCACGUAAAUCAAAGUAUCGGUCAACACCUUGUCCUAAUGUCAAACAUGGUGAAGAGUGGGGUGAACCAGGGAAUUGUGACCAAGGAGAUAACUGUAUGUACUGUCACACCCGUACAGAACAACAAUUUCAUCCGGAAAUUUAUAAAUCAACAAAGUGUAAUGAUGUACAACAAGCUGGUUACUGUCCUCGUGGCGUCUUCUGUGCAUUUGCACACGUUGACCGUGAGUUUACUCUCAUAAAUCUAUUGCCAACAGAAGACAUGGGCCUCGCACGGGAUAUGGCUGUUCCAAUUGAUUGCGGCACCAAUUUGGCAGAUUUACUCAGCAAUGCUUUACCUCCCGACAAACGCUCACACGAUAAAGACAAACAGCUGAGCGAUAGUAGUUUUUUGGGAUUACAGAAUGGAAGCGGUGAAGUAUCUGAAUCAGCAAGUACAAGUAGUCUUGGUAGUAACAAUUCACACAGUAAAGCACCUGGUGCACAAUUACAUAAUUCCAGUACAAAUUCAACAAAUAAUCAACAUAAAUUAUCCAGCAUGUUAUAUAAUCCAAAUUUUUUACAAUUUAAUGAAUUACGAAAACAAGUGCUAGCAAUAGAGAAUGAUCCAACGUUGACAAAAUCUGAAAAGUCACAACGUAGACAAAGUAUUGUGCUAGCCUAUAAUAUAAAUGGUUCAUUGGGACACUCGCUAGCAUCAACAAUAUCGCCACUUUCAAGUAGUUCAUUUUAUCCUAAUGAUACUGUUGAGUCAGUAGUAGGUAAUGCAUUGGAUGAAUUGCAUUUAGAUGACCCAUUAAAUCUAGUAGAUUCAAUACACCGUGAAACAAGCUCUCCAAUAAGCAAUUCAAUAUCUGCCGGUCUCGCGAGCUCUGGAUUACUCGGUAGCUCUGCGCCAGUUAAUAUUCCUGGAAUGACUGAGCGCUCUGUUUUAUCUAAUUUCUCACCAUCUACGUCAAGUCCAUUACAAAAUUUACAAUCUGCAGGAUUUUUAACUGGAUCUAGAUUCUCUCAUCAAGAUCCAAUUGAAUCUACAAUGCCAUUUUUAAGUCAUUCAGUAUCAGAUCCAUUUACUAAUCACAUAACACAGUUGAGUAGUUCAACGUCAAAAUUAAGCGGUUUCAACAGUAGUCUAUUUGAUUUUGCAAAUCAAGGAUUAUCGCCAUCUCGUACACAACCAUUAGGAGCAUCGCCACUUGUCAAUGCAUUUUCUAUAAGUCCUAGCAAUUCCGGAUCGAUGUCAGAGUUACAGGUUCAGAGAUUGAGAGAAGAGUUGACUUCAAGUCGCGCUCAACUGGCUACUUGGGACGAGAGGAUAAAUCAAGCACGAGCUGCAUGCUCGGCUUGGCAAAUGGAAAGUGAAGAGGCUAAAAGAAAAGCAUCAGUUGCAGAACAACAGCGAGAUGAGGCAUUAAUGCAAGUUAAAGUAUUGAAAAAUGAAAAUGAAGCAGUAUCCUCGAGUGGAAGUUCACAUCUUCUUUCAAUGAAACGUAAUAAUACUGAAUUAAGAAAUUUAUCAAUAGGAACCUUAAAAUCACUUCAAACACAGUUACGUCAAGAGCUUGAAGAAGUUGAAAAAGUAUUAUAUCGAGAAACAGCAACUAAGUGCAUGGUUUGUGAAGAACAGAACCGUGCAGUGACUUUGUCACCAUGUAAUCAUUACGUCGUAUGUUCAACGUGUGCACCAAAUCAACGUGAAUGUCCAUACUGCCAAACUCCCGUUGUGUCAACUAGUUAAAUCAAGUUAUUACCAUUAAACUCGUUAUUACCAUCAUCAUCAUCUUCAUAACGAUCAUUUUCAUCUUCUUUAGUACAUUCUUCUCUAAACUGUCACGAUUAGUGUAACAGUACAAGAAAAAAAAAAGUUCGCGUUACAUCAAUUGAAACAAGUGUGACACUAACUGCUGACAUUGUUGGCAUCAUCAUAAGUUAGUUUUGAAAAAUACCAAAACAAAAACUAAAUGAACAUGAUAAGAGACUUAAAAACAUUUAUUGAGUCACUUUUGUAAUUUUUUAUUUAAUUUCAAUUAAUAUUUGCCUCAGUGACUAAGUCUCGUAAUGCUUUUUUUUUAGAGACCAAGUCUCGAUAACGUUAAAUGGACUAAUUAAACUAAAAUGAAACAAAAUAAAAUUCUUAGGAAUUGAUCGAGUUUAAAACUAUAUUUAAAAAAAACUUGCACACUGACACAAUAAUCAGUACAAUGAUAAUAGUCUGACGGUUAGUUUUUUGAAUGGAAGAUAAAUGAUAAUAAUAACGAUGAAUUAUUAUAAUAAUAAUAAUAACGAUGAAUGUAAAGCGCAACAAAAAGUAAAAGAAGUAACGUAAAUGAUUAAUUAAGUCGUGAGAUGUUUCAGUAUUGGUAUUGAUGAUGAU